AUGAUGGUAGAGGACAAUACGGAAUCAGUCGUCGACAGUGAAGUGGUACUAUCUGUUGAAGUUGCAGUUGAUCCAACAGAAGUGCUUGUUGUGAUCCAUAUUGACGUCGUCGUUGUUGCAUCAACUGUUGAUGAUGUUGCAGUUGAGCCAUUCAAGGUUGUAGAUGUCGUCCCUGUCGCAUUUAUUGUUGUUGUAGUUGUUGAUGAUUGUGUUGGUGCCGUUGUGCAAUCGUUCCAUGAUGAAUCACCACAUCUGAAUGACGAUGAUAAUGAUGAUGAAGUCAUAGAUGAGCUUGGCGCAUAUGUGGAAGUCAGUGAGAAUGUACCAGUUGAAGUCAUGGUAGGCUUUCUAGUUGUUGUUGAAGAUUGGCAUCCACCUAGACCUAAUAAUCCAUUGUCACAAUUGUCGCUGGAUGACGAUAAUGAUGAUGAUGAUAAUGAUGAUGAUGUCGUAGAUGGGGUUGAUGUACUUAUGGAAGUCAAUGAGAAGGUAGCUGUUGAAGUAAUAGUUGCUUUUCCAGUCGUUGUUGAAGGAAGGCAUCCGCCUAGACCUAGUAAUUCCCUGUCACAAUUGUCACUUGAUGAUGAGGUUGCUGUUGAUGACAUUAAUGAUGAUAACGAUGGUGAUAACGAUGACGUUAUAGAUGAACUAAGCGUAGAUGUUAUGGAUGAACUAGGCGUACUUGUGGAAGUCAGUAAGGAAGUUGCCGUUGAAGUAAUAGUAGUUUUUCCAGUUGUUGUUGAAGGAAGGCAUCCACCUAAACCUAGUAGUCCCCUUUUACAGUCAUCGCUUGAUAUUGAUGACGACGAUGAUGACGGUGAUGAGGUCAUAGGUGAGCUUGAUAUACUUGUGGAAGUCACUGAGGAAGUUGCCGUUGAAGUAGUAGCUGUUUUUCCUGUUGUUGUUGUUGUUGUUGAAGGAAUGCAUCCACCUAAACCUAGUAGUCCCCUUUUACAGUCAUCGCUUGAUAUUGAUGACGACGGUGAUGAUGGUAAUGAGGUCACAGAUGAGCUUGAUAUACUUGUGGAAGUCACUGAGGAAGUUGCCGUUGAAGUAGUAGCUGUUUUUCUAGUUGUUGUUGUUGUUGUUGUUGUCGAAGGAAUACAUCCACCUAAACCUAGUAGUCCCCUUUCACAAUCAUCGCUUGAUACUGAUGUCGACGAUGAAAAUGAUGAUGAGGUCGUAGUUGAACUUGGCGUAGUUGUAGAGGACAGAGAGAAGGUAGCUGUUGAAGUAGUAGUUGUUUUUCUAGUUGUUGAUGAAGGAAGGCAUCCACCUAGCCCCAAUAAUCCCCUUUCACAAUCAUGA